CCCCUCCUGCAAGACUCAUCUUACACCACUCCUACUGGGACGAGGGCAUCGAUGUUGGCUCAUGUUUGGCUUUCGAUCCGAGAUAUAUAUUGUCAACAUGCUUGGCUAGGCGAAGAGGCCGGCGUUGGAUUUGCUUCUCCAGACCGAGUUAGGUGCAGACAUCCCAUUACUAAUCCAAUGGAGUUUGGAGCUACUAAAGCCUGGGAGGCCGACGGCCUACCUGUACACGAAGACGAGCUGGGCGGGACGGACGAAGCACCUGCGGUAUGCGUACUUCAAGCGACACAUCCAGACGAUCCGGACCCAUCUGGAGCUGAUGAAGACGCGAGCUUGGCCGGAGGGCCCAGGACAUCAGAGGUGGGGCCAGGAGCGACAGCUGAUCUGGAUCGUCAUCGAGGACGGCGAGAAGUUGGCGAACGAUGUGGCCCAGGAGUUGGCGGCGAGCGGGCUGCCAUACAUCUACUUCACCUACGGACCCACCCACCACUUCGGGAACGCCCAGCAGAAUGCGGCCUAUGCGCUCAUCCAUCGGCUCGCUGAUCCGACCCAAGACGGCAUCUUCGGCCACGGACCGAUCAUCUCGAUCGAUGACGACUCCAACUUCUUGCCCGAACUGUUGGUGAUCAUCUGGGACGUCCAACGGAUCGGGGUCUGGCCGAUGGGCAACCUCGGCCCCAAUGGCUGGGAAGGCCCGGUCUACGACCCCUCUAAUCACACCCUCCUCCGUUGGGAGGCCGGGGCCGUCCAGGAUCGCAAGUUCCCCGUCGACAACGGCGCCUUCGCCUUCGCCUCCGAACUCCUCGGAUCGACUAUCAUGGGGCCUAGGUAUUGGCCAACCGAUAUCAGCGGGGGUGAGAAUGAGUUUAUCGGCUUGAUCGUCGAUAAAAAAGAGGACAUCGAACCGCUCUGUUACAAUUGUCAUCUUGCAUGGCACAACGAGCCCUUACCACCAGCGUGUACAGACCUGCAAAUCUGUCCCUGAUCCUUCCCCGCAUUAUCCUCAUCCAUCUCCUAUCUUUUUCUCAUUCUUUUCAUACUAUUAUUAUGAUCGAAAAAGAGUCCAAGCUUUGUCUUGUCUACCAUUCUUUCAUAAACUUGAUAGGCAAAACCAACCACAAAAAUCUAUACAUGGAUAGAUAUAGACCUGUUUUUUUUUUCUUCUUUGUUAUCUGCUUCUUUUUCUUCUUUUUUUUUGCGGUCUGUCUCAGAGUUAGAGGAUAUUAGAAUUAGACACAGAUUAUCUAUUUGUCUGAUAUAUAUAUGUGUCUACAUACUUCCAAGUCCUCAUCCUGCAUCAUCACCUUCUGGAAGCACGGUAUUUCGUUUUUCGCCUUUUCGGUUUGUUGCCUCUUCCUUGUUAUCAUUGUUGUUGUUGUUGUUGUACUUGUAUGAGGUAGCGCAAUCAUCCUCCUUUUUUCUUUGCUCUAUGUGUUGAGGUUUUGUUGGUCCUUGCUUCUUCCUUCCGCUUUUCUCACGAAUCUUCAAACUUGGGAUUUCUCUCACACAUGCACUUUGAGGUGCCUAUUACAGGAUCACUGUUUGUGUUUGCCGAAAGAAGGGAUAAAGAUUUAUUAUUGUUCUUGCUAAAUUUCUUCUGCUUGUCAAGGGCCCCUGUGACUGCUUCACAUCAUGAGAUAUAGAUUAACUUCUUCUUGAUGUCUGGUCGACACGUCACCAAUGACUGAUCGAGACUCACUCUCCAUAGAGUAA